AUGUAUAUUUUAUUCUACACAUUUUAUUCCAAAUUAGUGAAUUCUACUUUGAUAAAUGUUGAAGAGCAAAGCGCCACUAGGAACGGCGAUCUACAAGUAAAUGACCCUGCAAUAAAUGAGGGUUCUCAAGGCGUUAAUGAGGGCUGCGAACUGCAAGAUGCAGCAUUACUAGUUACACAGCCAGGGUUUGUAACACAGAAUACCUCUACAAAAUCUUCAAGACUUAGUCUUAGUCGGAAACGAAAGCAGUCCCGUUCUAUUACCCGUGAUAAAAGGGCAUGCCCUGACAAUGCACUAGUCUCUGAUGUGCAACCUCGGGAUACCACCACAGAUUUCAUUAAAACAGUUGAUUUCUAUACAGAAAACCUGUUAGGAGCUGGAGAUGUCACAAAUUCAUGGUCUGCAGCGUUGGCAAGUGUCUCAGAAGCUAACGGUGAUGCGAUAGUGCCGGUAGCUACUACCGUACUGACAUCUUCUUUGGACUCGCAGACAUCUGCGGCGGUUAAUCUGCCACGUGUGGUUGGAGCCCGUGUCGAGGAUGAAUCUUCUAUGAUUUUUGAAACAUCUCUACCUGCAAAUCAGGAACAUUUCAAUAAUGAGUUAUUGCUGGAAUUGAUAGCGCAAGUGAGAAGACUGACUGAAGACGUCGCAUCCAUAAAUUCAAGGUGUACAGCUCAAGAGGCAUUGCUGAGAAGCCUGGCAGAAGGCAUCGCUGCCAUAAUUUCAUGGUCUAAAGAUCAACAGGUGUUAACCAGACUUAUAUUUGAAGCUCACCAGAAGACUUCUGAAGAACAAAACUUGGUGAACAGAAUGCUGCUUGAUCGAUUGGUGAACAUUGAAAAAGUCCAGAGAAAGGAAUUCGAUCUACAGGGAGGUACGGUAAUUCUACUUCAACAAGUUAAAGAUGCUGUUUCACACAAUAAUGGUUUAUAGUUGAAAUAAGUGUUGUUUUUGCUGGGUUUUUCCUACCAUUUUGCGGUGCUGUUUUUAAAUGUGUUUUUUAAAUAUGUUUUGGUUAUUUUUGUGAUGCUGGUUUUUUUUUUUUUUUACUAUUUUGCAAUGCUGUUUUUAAAUGUGUGUUUUUAAAUAUGUUUUGGUUAUUUUGGUGAUGCUGGUUUAUAGUUGAAAUACGUGUUGUUGAUGGGUUUUUAUACUAUUUUGUGAUACUGGUUUAUUUUUUUUGGAUUGCUAGUUUUAUUAUGGUUAAGAGAAAUUUAAGUGUUUUAUCUUUUUGUUUGGCUAUAUCGGCAUUGGCUAACGUUAAUUUGUAAUGCUAUUUUGGGCAUAAUCAGAGAAUAUAUCUGUGUAAUCCUGGAGAAGUUCUAAAUAUUAUUGAAAAUGGCUGGUAAAAGAGUGCGUUCAGAUGAUGAUUUACAUAGUUGUCCAGAAAUACCUAAUGUAAGGGCUAGGCAUGAGGCUGAGACUGAAAUGUUUGCUGCUGCACAAGACCAAUUACUUGAAAGGGUAAACGAAAUGAUUCGGACAUAUCCACAUCAGAGUUUAGAACCUGUGCCUGCGAGGGUAGACCAAACAUACGAACAAAUAAGUGAAAGGCAAAAUGAAAUGAUUCGGACAUAUGA